CGGUACCAGUCGCAGUGGGAGACGCAGCCUGAUCGCAUCUCUUAAGACGCGCGGCUUAACCAACGCUACGGGAAAAAUAGUUUCGUGAUUAAUUGUUUGCAUUCCUCGGACCUUUUUCUGGAGAUAAGCUGAGAGUUUAAAGAAGCGGCGUUUUGCACACAGGUCUCAGGCGACGGCACAUCCCUUUCUGUCUAUCCUCUGAGAGGGGGGUCUUCAUUAGCCCUUUGAAGUUGGAUCAUCAGAGGUGUGAAUGCUCAGUCACGACAAGUGACUAUCUUCCUCAAGAGUCCUCACCAUCUGGUGAAAGCAGUCGUUGGGAAGCCCUCCAUCUGGAAAUAACUACCAAAGGAUACCCUACCCCUAUAUCCUCACAAGCCCCAAAGAAGAGACUCUUCUCAACUUUGACCCACCAGAGAACUAUGGGGAACCAGUUGACCGAGAUUGCCCCCAACACCCCCUUCCUGCCCAGCUUCCAGUCCCUACACGUGGUGGUGAUCGGCCUGGACUCGGCCGGCAAGACCUCCCUGCUGUACCGCCUCAAGCUCCGGGAGUUUGUGGAGACCAUCCCCACCAAGGGCUUCAACAUGGAGCGCAUCAAGGUGUCCAUGGGCAACUCCAAGGCGGGCGGCACCACCUUCCAGGUGUGGGACGUGGGCGGGCAGGAGAAGCUGCGGCCACUGUGGAAGUCGUACACGCGGCGCACCGACGGCCUGGUGUUCGUGGUGGACGCGGCCGAGCCGGAGCGGCUGGAGGAGGCCAAGGUGGAGCUCCACCGGAUCAGCCGCUCCCCGGAGAACCAGGGCGUGCCCGUGCUGGUGCUGGCCAACAAGCAGGACCGCGACGGAGCCCUGUCGGCCCUGGAGGUGGAGAAGGCCCUGUCCAUCCAUGAGCUGAGCUCGUCCACGCUGCACCACACCCAGGGCUGCUCUGCGCUGGACGGCCAGGGGCUGCAGCCCGGCCUGGAGAAGCUCUACGAGAUGGUCCUCAAGAGGAAGAAGAUGCUCCGCCACAGCAGCAAGAAGAAGAGAUGAGCCGGACAUCAGGACCGCCAUGAGAGACGCAGCCUCGAGAACAGAGAAGAUGUAUUUUUUUUUGGUUAUUUUCGGUCCAUUGGAGAUUUGACUUGUCGCGCACACAGGGUGAAAGGGUGCGCUUUGUCCUUGGAAGGACAAUCUAAGAUGCAGACGAAGACUGAAGGAAGACGGACAGAUGCGGGUUAGGAACACAACCUGUGGACGAUGUGUUGAGUUUCUUUUUUGGGGGGCGUGUCCUAAGCCCUCCAUACAGCAGCUCGCUGCUGACCCACAGUCCCUCUGUUUCAUCACACUUGAGUAGAAGUACUUCUCCUGGAAAACCACGUUGUCGUCACGUCACGCUUUUCUUCUAAGAGCAAACAAGGAAACGGUGCUGCGCAUGGAACUAAAGACAAGCUGACCAUAUCAGUGCAAUAUACGUUCCGAAACACAACCAAACGCGACACUCUUGACUCACUCUUUUACCUUGGUGGAUGUGCACAAAUGGAACACCCUCCCCCUUUGACUCACACAGCCUCCUGUUAGGACUUAAGACUCACCGAACCUGUCGUGUCAGUGCAAUGCUAGACCAGCCCUAUAGCACGCGUGUUCCUUCCACUCCUUUUGAUAGAAGACUUCUUUCACUUAAGUGUACCACGUUCCUUACAGUUCACCACGUCGCAUGUGUGACCAUAGCUCUUUUGUUGACCAAAAGACUAUAGAUAUACUGGUUGUUAUGUUUUUCAUUUUUUUGUACCUUAUCCUGAGCCUAAAAGAGGUGUUUAUAGUGUUAAGCUUUAAGACGACGGUGGAGUUGUGCCAUCCGACUCUUCACAGCGUCACGGUGUCUUUCAUGGUGUCCGGCGAGUGGACGGACACAAUGGCGUCUAAUGUGGGACAAACAAGCCCUGAAGCAGCUUGCCUUUCCCACGUAUAGGUUUAAGUUUCCUUUUCAGUUUCCCGCCACUGUUGUCGUGUUCACGGUUCAAUGUUUUGCACGGCUGGAUAUCUGGUUGGCUGGUUUGCUCAGCGAAGUUGUAACCACAAAACGUUUAUUUUACAUAUUGUACAUAUGUUUUUGUAAUACUUAUGUAAAAUGAAUAAAUUAUUGAACAAUAUGCCAUCAUAGUUUUGUUGAUUAUAUCCCUUGUGUUCUCUCUGGAUCUUCGACGGAUGCAUGCGAGUUGAGAAAAGCUGGAAGUUCUAUUUAAUGUGGUGGUCUUUUAAAUGUACGGUGAUCUCUGAGGUCAGUCUGGUUUUCUGGGAGUAGCAGGACGUCCUGGGAAAUUCUCCAAUGAUACCAUGAGCUGCAUUUGCUUUUUUAAAUUACAUUAACACAGGCUUGCAUUAUAUGUUGGUUUUGCCUCAAAGAUCGUCAAAGACCCUUUGAUACCAUCAUGGCUUGAGUCUGCAGUAUGUAUCAAAUACAUUUCAAAAAGAGACCCAGGGUGCUAUUUUAGCUGAAAGGCUGUAUUGGCCUUGAGAAGAGGUCCUCCUAUAACUGAUUUGUUUACUCUUGUGUAAUGACUCACUCGGCCUCAUUCCUCUCCUUAUCGCCAUGUUUGUUCAGAGCUAUUAGGUGGCCGGUUUCACAUCGCUGCUCUAAUUCAAGCUGCUUCUUCCUGAUGAGUCUAUUUAGUCCUUUCCCCUCGAAAAAAUACCUGUCAAUCACACUCAAGUUAGAAACUUGGAAACUUAGGUUUUCCGACCUUCCGAGUCUUUGACGCUGGGCCUUCAGUUUUCUGUGCUUGUGUUCCAACUUCUACUUGAUCGUACGUUAUUUGUGCAUCCUAAUAUCAGGAUAUAGAUUUUUUGGUGUGCAUGUCUGUGCGUGGGCGAAGGAUUGAAUACUAAUGUAAGCUCGAGAGGUUUGUUUUUGGGCCUUUCAAAGGUAGAUGGUUGUAGCUUUCAACUGCGUGCAUGCACACAAAAACACAGAAUAAUUAAACCCUAUGAAGAUAUGAAUGAUCGUCCAUAAAAAAUAAUACGAAUUAUCUGUCACCUGUGAUGUAACAAUCAUUUGAUAGAAAUAAAAGUUAAUACCGCCAAAUAAUCGGGAAUGUUUCAUGUGGAUAAGCAGUUGAAAGAAUACCUCUCUUUUAGAUGGAAGGGGGUUGAUACUGACUCAUUCAGACCAGACCCUCUUUAGGUGCUGGAAGUCCUUCUUUAGUACCGGAAUUAAACCGCCCCUUCAUUGAAGGGUUCCUACGCAGCCGCCAAG